AUGGAAGGCUCCAAUAUAAAUAACUUUGCAUUAUCUUUCAAAAACAAUAGGUUAAGUUACUGCGGUCAGGAUUGCCAAAAAAUACCACCGGCGUUAUGGAAUAUGUAUGGCGCCAAAGUGAACUAUUUAGAUUUAAGUUACAACAGUAUUGAAACGCUAAAGGGCCUCGAGAAAUUCACCCGCUUGGAAGAAUUGAUACUAGACAACAACAAGCUCGCCGAUUCUGUGAAAUUCCCUUAUCUGCCAUUUUUAAAAACGCUUUCUUUAAAUAAUAACGAUAUUACAAACCUGGAGAGUCUAGUCAGUAAACUUUGUGAAGCGUUUCCAGAGCUAUCGUACUUGAGUUUGCUUAGCAACAGAGCGUGUCCCAACCAGCUUUCAGAUCUCGAUAAAGACGAGUCCGACUACCAAAGAUACAGAUACUUCGUGAUAUACAAAUUGAAGAAACUCCGCUUCUUGGACUCCCGUCGUGUCAGCGAACGGGAACGGCUGGAAGCGAGCACUCGAGGCGAGUUCACGCGUGUCCGUCGCCCUCCGUCCGUAACGACGCAGGAACCGGUCACACAAGUCCAACCUUUGACUCCGCUUCCGCUUGAUCUUAAUGCGUUAGGGAAACAUAAAGGUGCUUACGGUAAAUGUCUUUACAAAUACACGGGCAAGCACUCCGAGGGAAACCGAUUCAUACUUAACAGUGAUUUGUGA